AUGCGCCACGGCACGCGCAAUUGGGGCCUGCUGCAGCGGAGCCGCGAGCUGCCUCUCCGGGACAACAAGGCCUGCUGCAACCGCUUCAUCCUCCUUAAGAAGCGAUUCCUGGAGCAGCAACGCCUGCAGACUGCCACCGACGCUACCACCAACACCAACACCACCGCUGCCAACACCAUCACCACCGCUGCCAACACCAACUCCACCGCUGCAGCUCCGGCCACGGAAUCUGCAACCCCAGGCAACGACGCUAGGGCUUCUGUAGGGUCGAAACGCGUCUCCAACGCUGCUGCUUCCUCCUCUGCACCGAAACGAAGCCCUUCCUCUGCGUCCCUUGCUGCUGCUGACGCCUCUGCUGCUGCUGCUGCUGCUACUACUUCUGCUGCUGCGGCUGCUGACGCAGCUAUCCUCUCAGAGAGAGUGCAGAGUCUACAGAAGAAAGAGGAGCAACAGGAGAAGGAAGAGGAGGAGGAGAAACCGGACCUGCAGGUUUGGUCUGCUACCUCCCCGAAUCAGAAACCGGACCUGGUUCCUUCCUCCCACCUCUCUGCUUCGGCUCCUCCCAGCCCUGCUGCCGGACCUGUUGUACCUGCUGCUUCCGAGCCAGUUCUUCCCAGGUCGGUUGCUUCCGAGCCUGCUUCUCCAAUCCUGCCCCGGGCGUAUUCUGUUGGAGGUGCCACGUCAGUCUUGGUCUCGGGCCAAUCAUUGCUGGACAAAUCCCUUAUUGAGAAGAAGGUUCUGGAGCAGCAACCUGAGCUGUUGAUCGAUACUAGCCCGCUAAAUCAGUCGAUCUUGAGCGUCCAAUUGGCGGAGCUAUUCCAUUUGGAUCUAGCAGCAGCUGCUACAGGCGGUGCGCUGCUGAGUACCUGGAACGAGCUUGGAGCAUGUGAGGAGGGGCGAGGAGGAGAAGGGAAGGGUAAUAGUGCUAUCGAGUGCGCUAAUAUGGGGUUUAGUGUGGGUAAGGAGGAUGGGACGGGAGGUGGUGUCACUGGUGUGACUAAAUCGAAUGGAGAGGGAAGUGGUGGUGGAGUGACAGAACGGAAUGAGGAGGAUGGUGGCAGUGGAGGGGUGACUAAUACGAAUGGCGAGGGCGGUAGUGGUGGAGGUGUGACUAUAGGCGAUAUGUUUAAGACUUUGCUGCAUGCGAAUGCACAGCAUGUGGCUGCUGCCAUUCUGGAUUGGAAGGAUCGGGUGUGUGGUUCGGAUGACAGGCAUGUGCCGAACCUGGCUGCUGCAGUGAAGCUGAGGGAUGUGGGGCCGGUAGGUUCGGUGCAGCGUGGUUUGGUGCAGCAUGGCUCGGUGCAGCGUGGUUCGGUGCAACAUAGUUCGCAAUGGCAGCAGACCCGCGGCCCUUUCUACCCUCUCUCCCGCCCCUCCUCCUCCUUCCGCGCCCCACCUCCUCUCCUCCCCUCCCUCCCCCUCACCUCCUCUCAUCCCUCAUCCAAUCACACUCUGCAGAAUCAAACUCUGCAUAAUCACACUCCGUAUAGUCAUGCUUUGUUCAGUCACUUUCCUCCUAUUGGCUCUCCUAAACCUAGCUCGCCCGCCAUUGGCUCGCCAGCCGUCGGCUCCUGCGGGCCCCCUCCCAUCUCCUCACCCUCCGCCGCUGCUGCCACGUCAGCAUCUCAAUCCGCUGCCACCACGUCAGCAUCUCAAUCCGCCGCUGCCACGUCAGCACCCGUAUCCACAGCUGCUGCUGCAAGAGACACGCAAGAAGCUGACGAGUUGUAUAUUGAGGAGGAGGGCGGAGAGAGGGGUGCGAGACGGGAAGAGCAGGUGAAGGGGGGUGGAGAGAAGGGCACAGCACAUGGGGGUGUGAGUGUGGGGCAGCCACAGGAGCAGGGAGAAUUCGAGGUGGGGAAGCAUGGGCCAGCCAGGGAUGGCGGGAGGGGACAAGUCAGGGACCCAGACGAAGGGGUGAUGGUGGGAGUGGUGGGGGGAAUGGUGGGGGGUCAUCACACGUCCCCCCUUCCGCCGUCUGCUUUGCUCGGUGUGUCAGAGGAUGACGUCAUUAGCCUGCUGGUUGCUGACUGGGCGGCGGAAGACGCUGACCUGGCAAUGCGUGCUGAGCUGGCAGCAGCUGACGUGGAACCACCAUUACCACUGCCACCAGCCAGUCACGGUGGAGUGAGGGGGAUGCAGCCACAGGAGAGUGGCAGGAUGGCACAAAGUGGUAUGUUGAACAGUAAUAGACCUGCCACCGCCACCACUUCGACUGAUCCUGCCCCUCCUGCUUCCCUCAGCAUCUUACCUGCUACUGACCUGACUCCUCUCCCAGCCGGGCAGAACCUCACUGCACUGCACACCAUCGCUCAUAAUGGUCCGUAUGAGUGGUCUGCGUAUAUCCGGCCUGCUCUGUCUGCUCCGGGGCAUGUGCGGCUGCCACGUGUACAUUCCACUGGACCUGAAACUGCCACGUCAGGUUGUGAUGCUGCCACAUCACACCAUGGCAUGAUGACAGGUUACCACCAAUAUGCCACGUCACACCUUGGGAGGGAUUCUAGAAACUUCCGAGGUGCAGGAGCAGCAGGGGGCCUUGGGGAGACAGAAGAGCAGAUGACUAACCUGGUAGAGGGAUCGAUGCUAUGGGGGAUGGCAGGUCAGCUUGCUGACACCAUGCCAGCUGCCGCUGCUGCUGCCGGUGCUGCUACGACGCACACACCCCAUGCGUGCCCAGUGCAUGGAGCUGCUGUUGCUGCUGCACACACACUGGGAUCGAGCCCCUACAUGCACACCCCACAGCUCUCCGGCCCUGCUCCCUCCGCUCCCACCAUGUACGCCUUGUUGCGCUCCCACUCGCCAACGCUCGCCCAUUGCUGGUAG